AUGAGGGCCUGGCUACGCCCCGCGCAUGCGCAAAACGCCGCGCCCACCCGCCUCGCGCCGUAGAAGUGUUUCCGGCGCGGGGCCUGUGACGUCUGCGAUCGGCGCCGGGCUGUCCGGCGGGCGGGCGGUGGGAGAUGGCGGAGUAUCUGGCCUCCAUCUUCGGCACCGAGAAGGACAAGGUGCGGAGGAUUUCCCCGACUGCUGCAUCCUGAUCCUCAGGCUUCUGCCUGCAGCCUUCCACCCGUCGGGAACGCCUCUAGUUUCUCUGGUUGUUGGAAGCGUACUUAGAAAACACUCCUAACGAAAAUUUGGUCACCACCGUCGGCCUGACCAAAGCAACGCGUUUUUCCACUCGUAAAAAUGAAAGGGGGCAUCGAUGUGCUGCUGGACUAAAUUACUCUUGCCAGCCCCUGGCCAUGAGGCUUCUGAUUUCCUUCUGCUUUAUAGUGCAACAUGCCAGUUCCAAUCCACUCGUCUGUCAGAAAAAGCAGUGCCGACAGCCACUCUUGAGCUCUGCUACUGUAGCAUCCUUUCUGAUAUGCAUUGCAGUUUAACAGUAUUAGUAUGUGCCAGUAUGGCAGGCAUGAAAUUCCUGUUACAGGUCUUAUUUCCUAUUCAAAAACCAAGCAGAACUCUUCAGAAAGUCUUGAAGUUGGAGGCAUAUUGGACAUCUUAUAGUUAGGUACUUUUUUGUUUCAGGUUAGAGUUCAGAAAAGACAAGUCAACUGUUCAUUUUAUUUCAAAAUUGGAGCUUGUCGUCAUGGAGACAGAUGUUCUCGUUUGCACAACAAACCAACAUUUAGCCAGGAAGCGAUGCUGUUGUAAGCUUGCCUGUAGUAGAGACCAACCAGUGCUAACUUUCAGACAACUUGAUUUUAAGAAGAACGAUACAAAUACCAUCUUGAUUCAAAACAUCUAUCGUAACCCCCAAAACAGUGCACAGACGGCUGACGGCUCACACUGUGCUGUGAGUGAUGUUGAGAUGCAGGAACAUUACGAUGAAUUCUUUGAGGAGGUCUUCACAGAAAUGGAAGAAAAAUACGGUGAAGUUGAAGAGAUGAACGUUUGUGAUAACCUUGGAGAUCAUCUAGUAGGAAACGUAUAUGUAAAGUUUCGCCGUGAAGAAGAUGCAGAAAAGGCUGUGAUUGACCUGAACAAUCGUUGGUUUAAUGGACAGCCCAUUCAUGCUGAGCUUUCACCUGUGACUGACUUCAGAGAGGCCUGUUGCCGUCAAUAUGAAAUGGGCGAGUGUACACGAGGAGGCUUCUGCAACUUUAUGCAUUUGAAGCCCAUUUCUCGAGAGUUAAGGCGCGAGUUGUAUGGGCGGCGGCGUAAAAAGCAUAGAUCCAGGUCGAGAUCUCGUGAACGUCGGUCUAGAUCCAGAGAUCGUGGUCGUGGAGGUGGUGGUGGUGGAGGAGGAGGACGCGAACGUGAUAGGAGGCGGUCAAGAGAUCGUGAAAGAUCUGGUCGAUUCUGAGCCAUGCCAUUUUUACUGUAUGUCUGCUAGAAAGUGUUGUAGUUUGACCAAACAAGUUCAUAAUGAGAUUUUUUUUAAAAGAUGGGCUUCUGAAUAAAAAAUUUGUAGUGAUACAGUA